UUUGUCCUCACACCCCACCUGUUCUGCGGGAUAAAUCGACUUGUAUAAUUAAAAUAGGAUUGAGAGGUUUCGUGACCCAAACUUCCGGUAUAAAGUUGACAUGUACUCGGCUUUCUCUCGUUAAUAUCUCUCGUGUUUUACAAAUUUUCCUCAGUUUAAUAUAAAUUGUGAAACAGUAAUAGCCGGAAAAAAUUAGGUGAGGAAAUUUAUAUUAUUUUUUAAACCUAAUAUUUUCUUUCCUCAGUGCAUUAAAUAUACUGAAGUAUUUUAACUUACAGCAAUAAAGGGACCGUUCCCUCUUUUUAUUUAAAGGGACCAGUCAAAGAGUCAACAUUCAUUAACUUCUUAAAUGGAGUUAUUUGUAUUGUUUGGCUAAAUGUACAGUGUGCAUCCCCUUAAUUGGAGCAUGUUACAUUGUUACAUUUUGAGCAAUUGUUGAAAGAACCUUCAUGUUAUAACUUCUUCAUUGGAGUUAUUAGCUUGUAAGGUUAAAGUACAGUGCUUAUCCUCUUCAUUGAGGCAUAAGUCACUGCUACAGUUUUAGCUAUUGUCAUAAAUCUUUAUAUUUUAUUAAAUUAUUCUUGUAUUUAGAAUCUGUUUUCUGUUUGUUUACUGUAUGUCUACUGGAUGACAUAAAUAAAUCUAAGUAUGGAUGAUCCAGCAGAGGAAAGAUCACUGAAAGUGAAACUCUUUACAAUUAACAGAAGAUGGGAGUUUGAAACAGAUUUCCCCAAACUGGUUACUAUGAAUGAUCUGGAGAAACCAUUAAAGCCUGUAGUACUCAUGGAAGAGUCAUUUACAAACCUGUGUUCAGAAAAACACAAUCAUGAGAAAAGCCGUCAAGACUGUUACCAGUAUUUUCUGCAGACUUGUAAGGAGAAUGAGCUUUCCCCAUCUGAUUUUGUUUAUACUACCCAAAAUCUUGUAGCGGGAGCCCCAGUUGCUGAUCAUCUGAAGAUUAUUCUGCAAUAUACUCAGCUCUCAAAGAUUGGAGGAUCCUGGUUCUCUUGGGUUGGCUCUUCCAUUGAAUCUGUUUUAUUGCACAGACAGGUUUCAAACAAAUCUUGUCAAAUAGUCAGAACUAUCCGACUUGGAUUGUCUAGUAGAGAGGAGGUUCUUAGAUUCAAAACUAAUGUGGAAAAAAUGGUUGUUAAGAAAACCAACAAGAUGAUACCUUUCCGAGUUACCAUGAUUCAGACUGGAGCCGGCCAAACUUCAACUGUGAAGCAUGGAGCCAUACUUAAGGAAAUUGAUAGUGGACCACAGCCAGCUGUUAUCUGCUUUGGAGACUACUACUAUAGGUACCAGAUCAUAAUACCCUGGAAAGCAUCUUUUAUAAAGAAAACUACCAAUGAAGGUAUUUACAGCUUAGACCUGAAAGAUACAGUUGACAUGGUCUGGUAUGAUCUCCUAGAAUCUCUGCCCUUCACUCCCUUUAUAUUGGAUCCCAAUGAGCUGAUGGGAGUAGCUAAAUUCUUCAACAAGAUACUAAACACCAAGGAAAGCAAGCAGAUCCACCUAAAUAACUAUGUCACCUUAGGUAUGCUUCUCACCCUUUCUGGAUGGGACUUACCAUCUUCCAAUCUUUCAACAGUCAAUUUUAUGUUGACAGGAGGUCUUCUGAACAGGUUGUGGACUGUCUCCUCUGGGUUUGGAAAGUGGGGUGUGAACCCUAUGCUGAGAGGCCAAGAUUUAUUUCUAAUUGGAGAAAUUUAUGGACUGCAGAAUGCACUUACCACCUUAUCAACAUGUCUGCUUCUUCAUUGGUUCCCCUCACCAGUCAUCGCUUAUACGUCAAGUUUGCUCCAACCUACUGAUUUCAUACAUUGGUUCAAUUCCUUCAUCAUGAAAACAUUAUCCAAACUAACCUUCAAGCCAGAGCUACAGAACUACUACACUAAGUUUGGCCAUGUACCAGCAUUGUCUCCAGUAACGGUGGAAUCUACUGAAACAUCUCCAAUCAUUAGUGUUGCUGAACUUAGCAAGAUGAUGCCAACCUGGUCAAAUAUUACUUCUGGAGGCCCAGCUUCAUUGGGAAGGAUACUUUAUCAUACAGUUGAAGUUCUCCAACCAAUCCUUAGAAGGCAGAACUUACCCACAUCAUUGAAGUGGACCAUUCAAGAAACUUUGGUGGAAAACGUUUCAAGAUGGGGUUUAAAGAAAAUCCCAAAACCCAUGAAUCCAUCAAAGUCAAAGUAUCUUGGUAUUGGCUGGAAUUCAACCAAUAGAACUAUAGACAUUCCUGAUUUUAAUGGAAAUAAAGUUCAGUCUAUAACAAAUCUCUAUCCUGAGGAGCCAGCAAAAAUGGGUUCCCGCUCUUCAGCUGGCUGUGUAUUUGCUGCAGCAGUCUUAAGACCUUCUUCUAGUGCAUUAGUCUUAAGCAGAGCAUCAGCAACAUCAGCUUCCAAGAAUUAUCCUAUUAUCCCUAAAAGAUUUGUUGUGAAAUUCUCUAAGAUAAUUGAGAUAUCUCAAGGGAUUUCUUCACCUGAGUGUGAGAUAAAUAACAAUUCCAAGGAAAAGAGUAAUGUUACAAAACAUCUGAAAAGAAAGGCAAAGAGGAUUGAAGAAGCUAUUAAAAAACAGAGAGCCUCCUCUGAGUCAAGACAGGUUGUGGAAGUUGAAAGAGCCUUCUCUGAGCAAAGACGAGUUAUAGAGGUUGAAGUAUCUUCUAGUGAUUCAGAUUCAAGUCUGGAUAUGGAACUGAUUGAGACAAAGGAAGGGAAGCAGCAAGUUGUCCUCAACUUGGAUGAUGGAGCUGCAAGAUUCGUGAAGAGUUUCCUGGCUAAGAACAAGAAGAAGAAAAGCAAGAAAUAGUACCAUCAUUUUCUUUUUUUUUGGUUUUUUCUUUUUUCUACUUUCUUGCCCGGCAGUGUUCUGCGGGAUAAAUCGACUUGUAUAAUUAAAAUAGGAUUAGAGGUUUCGUGACCCAAACUUCCGGUAUAAAGUUGACACGUACUCGGCUUUCUCUCGUUAAUAUCUCUCGUGUUUUACAAAUUUUCCUCAGUUUAAUAUAAAUUGUGAAACAGUAAUAGCCGGAAAAAAUUAGGUGAGGAAAUUUAUAUUAUUUUUUAAACCUAAUAUUUUCUUUCCUCAGUGCAUUAAAUAUACUGAAGUAUUUUAACUUACAGCAAUAAAGGGACCGUUCCCUCUUUUUAUUUAAAGGGACCAGUCAAAGAGUCAACAUUCAUUAACUUCUUAAAUGGAGUUAUUUGUAUUGUUUGGCUAAAUGUACAGUGUGCAUCCCCUUAAUUGGAGCAUGUUACAUUGUUACAUUUUGAGCAAUUGUUGAAAGAACCUUCAUGUUAUAACUUCUUCAUUGGAGUUAUUAGCUUGUAAGGUUAAAGUACAGUGCUUAUCCUCUUCAUUGAGGCAUAAGUCACUGCUACAGUUUUAGCUAUUGUCAUAAAUCUUUAUAUUUUAUUAAAUUAUUCUUGUAUUUAGAAUCUGUUUUCUGUUUGUUUACUGUAUGUCAACUGGAUGACAUAAAUAAAUCUAAGGCACAUA